ACGUCAUCGGACGCAGAUGCAGAUGGAGGUUCCUAGGGUUCUGCUGGUGGAGGCUUUUUAUGGAGGUUCCCACAAACAGCUGAUCGACCUGCUGCAGCAGAACGUCUCCAGCUGCACCGUAUGCUCGCUGCCCGCCAAGAAAUGGCACUGGAGGGCGAGGACUGCAGCGCUGCAUUUCAGCCAGACCAUCCCCACCUGUGCAUCCUACAGGGUCCUGUUUUCCAGCUCGGUGCUGAACCUGUGUGAGCUGGUGGCUCUCAGACCGGAUCUGGCCCAGCUGAAGAAGGUUCUGUACUUCCAUGAGAACCAGCUGGUGUAUCCAGUCCGGAAAGAACAGCAGAGGGACUUCCAGUACGGAUACAACCAGGUCCUCUCAUGCCUCGUGGCCGACGUGGUGGUGUUUAACUCCUCUUUCAACAUGGAGUCCUUUCUGUCCUCCAUCUCCUCCUUCAUGAAGAAGAUCCCGGACCACAGACCCAAAGAUCUGGAGCUGUUGAUCCGGCCUAAAUGUGAAGUCCUGUUCUACCCGGUCCACUUCCCCGACGUCAGCAGGCUGCUGCCCGAACAUAAGCGGUUCAGAGCGGCAGAGACUCAGAGCGCACGGAGCUCGGAGCAGGAAGCUGUGAAGCCUCUGCACAUCGCCUGGCCUCACCGCUGGGAACACGAUAAGGACCCGGAGCUCUUCUUCUCCACGAUGAUCAAACUGUCGGAGAAAGAAGUCGACUUCCAGCUGUCCGUGCUCGGAGAGACCUUUACUGACGUGCCAGAGGUAUUCUCGUCGUCCCACCUCCGGUUGUCUCGUCACAUCGUCAGUUGGGGUUUCCUCCCCAGGAAAGAGGAUUACUUGAAAGUCCUGUGUGAGGCCGACGUGGUGGUCUCCACUGCCAGACACGAGUUCUUCGGAGUCGCCAUGUUGGAGGCGGUUCACUGCGGGUGCUAUCCUCUGUGUCCGAAGGCUCUGGUUUACCCUGAGAUAUUCCCAGCAGAGUACCUGUACUCCACACCUGAGCAGCUGUUGAAGCGUCUACUGGCUCUCUGCAGGAGGCCGGACGUCGCCCGCCGACACGCAGUGAAGGUUGACACCACCUCCUUCUCCUGGUCGACUCUAAAGGACCGCUAUCAGAAUCUGCUGUCCCUGAAUGCACCUCUCUAAAGGACCGCUAUCAGACUCUGCUGUCCCUGAACGCACCGCUCUAAAGGAUCGCUAUCAGACUCUUCUGUCCCUGAACGCACCGCUCUAAAGGAUCGCUAUCAGACUCUGCUGUCCCUGAACGCACCGCUCUAAAAGAUCGCUAUCAGACUCUGCAGACCCUGAACGCACCGAUCUGACGCCUGCUGACCCUGAACGCACCACGGCUGGACUCUCAGUGUCUGGAUCUCGGCUGUUUUAUGCGUGUGGUUUUGGAUGGGGGGAGCUAGUGUGGUUUCAGGCGAGGGGGCGCCUUGUGUUUACGUUUGAUCCCCCAGAGACAUUUUCUGAUUCAAGUCUGAAGUAAACUGUUCGUGACAUUCAGAUCGAAUAACAUUUUCCUUACAAGAGGAAAAGAUACUGGGGAAUAUUUUCUAAUGAAUUAAUUUAGAAAAUAUCAUAAAAUAUUUCAGUCCAAAAAAAAAGAGAUAAAUGUUGUCCUGACACACACACACACACACACACACACACACACACACACACACACACACACACACACACACACACACACACACACACACACACACACACACACAGUGUAUUACAGGCCCAUAUAAGCCAUAAUGCCUCAGUGUUUAUGAACUGCAGUAAAGACUUUAUUAGUCUCUUGUAGUGCUCAAGGUUUAUGAUGUCAUCGGGUCGUGAACCUGCGGCUCUGAUUCCUACACAGACUUGUGUGUGUGCGUGCGCACGUGCAACAAGUGUGUACACCCUGCCAUAUUUAAUGUUCAGGUGCAGUGUUCAUUUCGCCAACGAAAACUAUGACGAAAAAGGUUCAUCAACUUCCUUUUUUACAUGACUAAGACGAGCCGAUGACGAGCUAAAAAUAGAUUUUUGAUAAUAAAAACUGACAAUCUGUA